AUGGACAAAAUUGAGCAAUUAUACAAUUUAGGCAAGAAAAACAACCUAUCGGGUGACAACUUAGACGAAUGGGUAGACAAACGCUUGAGGGAAAUAGAAGAAAGAGAAGCAAGGAAAGCUGAUAGGGAAGCAGAAAAACAAAGGAAAACACUAGAGCUAGAACAAAAUAGAAUUGCAGCAGCAGAAAAGGCCAAAUUCGACUUCGAACUAGAGAAAGCCAGGAUAGGAGCGGCUAAGUUAGAACUUGAGGCCAAAAUAGAAUUAGCUAAAUUGGAAGCCAGCAAAAUUGAACAAGAAUCUAAAACAAAAUUAGAAUUAGCAAGACUAAAUGCGGAAGCGGAUAGGACAAGGCAAGUAGACGUAGAUGGGGGUAGGUCGCAGUGCAUCUUAAGUAAACUGCCGAAAUUUGACGACAAUAGUGAUAAUUUAGACUCGUAUAUCAGAAGAUUCGAAACGAUAGCUAGGUCUGCGAACGUCCCAGAGUCACAGUGGGGUACUCAGUUGUUAAUCUUAAUAGGUGGAAAGGGGUUAGAUGCAUGUCAGAGCCUGUCAGAAAUAGAGAUGAAGGAAUAUAAGACGCUAAAAUCAACACUUUUAGAGUACUACCAUUUAACAGAAAACGCAUAUAGGUUAAAAUUUCACAGCCUUAGGCCCUCUGACACUGCCGACUUCAAAAUGUUCGCUAACGAAAUAAAGACGACGUUCGAAAAAUGGUUUGAGGCAUCGGGGCUAGAUCCUUCCUUUGAAUCCCUGGUGCAAUUCGUCAUGGUGGAUAAAGUCCUAAACUCGGUAGAUAAGGAUGUUUUUAGUUACCUACAAGAAAGAAAACCUAGAGAUCUAAAAACCGUCACCGAUUUAUGUCAGAAAUAUCAAGCAGCCCACCCUGACAAACCAAUGUCGGUCAACGCCACCCAAUUUACCCCCCUCAUGUUCACAACACAGGUAAAACACAAGCCCACAUUUGAUGCAGGAUCGCCACCAUACCCCAGUAGAGGUAGAAGCCCGUAUAGAGGUAACCCAUUGGGGUCGGGAAACAACAGAUCGUCGUCUCUGCAAAGAGUAGGGGGUAAAACAGUCAGUACACUUAGAGACACAGGAGCGAACAUUUGUGGUAUUAGAAACAAAUAUGUAAAACCCAACCAGUACACAGGAGAAAUGUUAGAUGUAGAGUGUUUUGGUGGGAUUACCCACAAAUGGCCGGUUGCUUUUAUCGACAUAGAAACACCUUAUUAUUCGGGCAAAGUCUUAGCCGUAGUCUUCAAAAAAGGUCCAUAUGACCUGAUUCUGGGAAAUGUGAAAGGUAUACAAAGUCCAUCUGAUGAUCAAAUCUCCGAGUGGUUAACCGCUAACCAAAUCAAUAUAGCGCAAACCAGAUCACGGGUAACUAAAGAAAGCACGCUGGAAAAGCAGGCCGUUGUCGCUAAUGAUGGGUCGACGAUCCAACGUUCCGACCGCCCUACCGAGGUGUUAGAAAAGCACGACGAAAAGCACGACUCUAUGUGGGAUCCGACCGAAUUCCAAAGAGAACAAACCAAUGACCCGAGUCUUGUCAAAAUUUUUAAAUUAGCAAGUAAAAACUCCAAAACUAAAUCCAAAACGACCGAACACUCAUUUGCAUUAAAGAACAAUACACUAAUCCGAAAAUUUAAAGACAGACAUAAAGAAUACACCCAGCUAGUAGCCCCGCUUAAAUACCGACCAGUCAUAUUGAGACAAGCUCAUGAUUUAUCUCUCGCUGGCCACAUGGGCAGGAGAAAAACAAAACAGCGGAUACAAACAUCGUUUUAUUGGCCAGGAAUGGACAAAGAUAUCUCUAAAUAUAUACAGUCAUGUCCCCGCUGCAUGAACAAAGAAAGGACCCCACAGCCGGCGCCUUUACAAAAGACUGAUCUAGCGUGUAGACCCUUCGAAAAGGUUGCUGUAGAUAUCGUUGGCCCACUAAACCCUACAUCACACAGAGGAAACAGAUUUAUCCUAACUAUUGUUGAUUUAGCGACGAGGUGGCCUGAAGCCUACCCCCUGAAACACACUACCUCUGAAGAUAUUGCUAGCUGCCUACUUCAAUUCUUCUCCAGAACAGGCUUCCCUGACACCAUACUUUCUGAUAGAGGUCCUCAAUUCACAUCGGAGAUAACUCGUCAACUCUCUUGUUUGUUGGGUAUUAAGCAGAAUUUUACUACCCCGUACCACCCUCAGAGCAAUGGUGUUUGUGAACGGCUAAAUGGAACGAUUAAAUCCAUGAUAAGCAAAAUCCCAAAAGAAGACUCGGGUAACUGGGACUUAUUUCUGCCCUGUUUACUUUUUGCCUAUAGAGAGCUACCACAUUCAGCCACCGGGUUCUCACCAUUUGAGUUAGUUUAUGGUGCAAAUCCUAGAGGACCCAUGCACAUUAUGAAGUCGAUGCUCCUUGAUGAAAAACUAACCCCUGACAUCAAAAACACAUACGAAAAAGUCGUUGAUCUACGUGAGCAAAUUAUUAGGUCUUGUGAAAUAGCGAGAACAUCAUUGGAAGAAGCAGGGGAACUCUAUAGACUUAGGAUAAAUAAGGGUAGGAACCUUAGGAAGUUUAGGGUGGGGGAUCAAGUUAGAGUGCUAUUGCCAUCCAAAGAGAAUAAGCUACAGCUCGCCUGGCGAGGUCCUUACACCAUCCUAAAACAAAUAUCUAAAGUCGAUUAUGAGAUAGAUAUUAAUGGAAAGUCCAAAAUUUUUCAUGUAAACAUUCUGAGUCCAUUCAACAUCAGACCCCCUGAUUUGGACGUGACUGAACCUACAGCUUCAAUUAGUUGCGCGAUGAUCCACGAAGACAAGGAUGAGGACGAAUGCGAAAUCCAAACACUACCGUCGGAUAACGAAUCAUACAGAGAUGUAAAAUUAGGACCAAUGACUCCGGAAAUUCAAAAUGAAAUUACCAAACUAUUGCUAGAGUACAAGGAUACCCUAUCUGCCACCCCUGGUAAGACCAGCUCUAUCGAGCAUGACAUUAAGCUAAUCUCAGACAAACCAAUUAAGCUACAACCUUAUAGUAUACCCCUACACUACAGAGAUAAGGUCCAGGAGGAAAUUAAUGAGCUCAUAAAUGCAGGUAUUAUAGAAACGUCAGAUUCGCCGUAUGCUGCGCCUAUAGUGCUGGCCAAAAAGAAGAAUGGGGAGAUAAGACUUUGCAUUGACUACAGACAGCUCAAUAAAAUUACCAUCCCCGACGCUGAACCAAUGCCUAAUCAGGAAGAACUGUUUGCUAAAAUAUCCCAAGCGAAAAUUUUCUCCAAAUUUGAUCUAUCAAGAGGAUAUUGGCAAAUACCAAUAAAAGAGUCGGCCAAGAAAUCUACCGCAUUCAUCACACCUUUUGGUCUAUACCAUUGGAACUUCAUGAGUUUUGGUCUGAUCAAUGCCCCAGCCACAUUCAACAGACUGAUGAGGAAAGUUCUAAUUAAUAACCCUGACACGGUUGCAUACUUGGAUGACAUCUGUCUGUUUUCACAAAAUUGGACCGACCACAUCAAAGGGUUGAGGUCGCUACUAGAAUCUUUAAAAUCGCACGGGUUGACAGCUAGACCUAGUAAAAUUGAGAUAGGAAUGCAAGAAAUAACUUUCUUGGGCCAUGUCAUUAGCCACCAACUUGUUAAGCCUGUAGGGGAUACUGUACAACGAAUAUUAGACCUCCAAAUCCCUAAAACAAAAAAAGAUGUUAGGAGCCUACUAGGGCUAUGCAACUAUUACAGGAAAUUUAUCCCCAAUUUUGCUAGCCUACUUCACCCCAUCACAGAAUUAACAAAAACCAAAGGCACUGGUAUGGGUAAGGCUGUUCAUUGGACCAAAGAAUGUGACGACACCUUGAACUAUAUCAAGGCGUGUUUCGCGCAGCAGCCAAUCCUUAGACUUCCUGAUAUCAACAAGCCGUUUACACUGACCACGGACGCAUCGUCUCGUGGCCUAGGGGCUUGUCUGAUGCAGGAAGUUGACGGACAGCUCCAUCCGGUCGAGAGCACAUGUCAGUGUCAAGAGUUGAAACUUAUAGCCCCGCGUGUGAGAGUCAGACAAUGGGUCCCAUCCAGUCCCAUCGUUGUUGGAAACUUGACCGUUGUUCUCGGCCAACCCAAGCCAACGGGUUGUAUUGUUGCAUGUGAUAGAGAGUGUGAUCAGUUUGUGAUCAUCGCUGGCUUUGCCAGCUUGUCAGACGAAGGGGGAGAUGUUAUAACUGGGAUUAGCAUAGGAUAG